CAGCAUCUGUCUGCGACCCUUUAUCAUUCUUGUUUCCUAUCAAUUGGGUUUUCUCUUUAUUCCGACAAGAGUAUUUUUGUAUACCGAAGCAUCCUGGGCAAAUUUAGCUUCACCGCACUCGUUAGAGUUAUAAUACAAAGCACUCGACUCUGAUGGAGCAAUAAUGUCCAGCAUCACGUUAAAGUUGACCUCGCUCAUUGUUAAGACCUUGUCCAAACCAAUUGCAAAUCAAAUUAAGGCUCAAGCGAGGGAACAUGAGCGCUUUCGACGUGUGUGCGUCUCCUUUGCGCAGUCGCUCCACCAGCUGGACAUGAGAUUACGGCUCGGACUCUUACGCGAUACCGCUGCCAUUGAGAGACAAGCAGCAAAGGAGGCAGCUGCAGCGCAGGCAAAGAAGCACAAGCAUGAAAUACCGACGGUAAAAACGGAAGCGCAAACCAAGGCGGACGAAACAGCCGCCGCAAAAUCCAAAACCAAGGGUCAGACGGAGGAGAAGCCAAAACCUGCACCUGCGCCACGGAUUCGACCUUUAUCGGAAGCCAAAGCUAUCGAUUCCGGGGCGAAUUUCAUCAGCGAAACUUUCUUAUUCCUUGUUGGUGGCGGGUUGAUUUUGUUUGAAUCCUUCCGAUCUCGUCGGAAAGAGAAUACUCGAAGAGAGGAUGUCGCCGAUAAGAUCAACGAGCUGCAGGAGAGCGAAAAGGCCGCAAGGAGAGGCCUACUUCUUUUGGAGAGGGAAGUCAUGAGGUUGAGAGCUGAGCAGGGAAUCCUCGUCCAUCCUCGACCGAAAAGGAUUCUCCCCGAGGAUAUUAGGGACGUCGAGCCUGAGAUUGAACCUCAAGCCGAAGAGCCCGCCCCUUCCUGGGUUCCUUCGAUCUUCAAAAGUCCCUUUACUUCCUCUCCUCCUGAGCCCACGCCUAAGCCGCAAAAGACAGUGGGGCAACAACCCAGCCAAGAGGCUUCUGUUCAGCCUGAACAGACUUCGCCUGCAAAAGCAACGCCGCAAUCUCAAGAGCCCACAGAGAAAUAAAUAUCUGCUGGUUUGAACAAACAAUCCUUGCACCAAUCCUUCAGUCGAAUGGCGUGUUUAAUUUUGAUUGAAAAAAAAUACCCAGGCUGCAUUUUCGUAGCCCAGCGUCGUUCGAUUUCGACAUUACACUGCACCUCACUCCACUACAAUCAAUAGAAAGGAACGGCAGAUAACGUGGACAUAGACUUAUUUUUGUAUAUAUGUUUGGAUCUUUUAUCUACCUCGAUUUGCAAUGGAGAACCUUAAGGCCUCCAAUUCUUAACAGGCUCCUUACAAAUCGCCUACUUAAACAUUAGUCUCGAUGUAGAUUACAUCUACGAAUCUCCACAC